AUGUCAACCCAAGCAUUGGCCCUGAUGAGCGAUUAUUCACAUGUAGCCGAGUUAGAAACUCGUCGAAAAGAAUUUCAACCAGCGCUAAGGGCUCUACUUACAGAUGGUAACCAGACAGCUAUUUGCGACAAACCACUCUCAUUAGGACUGCCGGAGAGGGUAGUCGCCGACAGCUUAAAGACUGAGCCUAUCGAAAACGUGAUGUCCCAACCGUCGCUUGGGUUAUCUACAAUGGCCUGGCCAUGUGACGUCCACCUAGACACUCGCGAUCUCUGCUGCCCAAAGGGAUGG